GCUGACGCUGCGGCGUCGACGGCGGCGGCGACUGUGGCUGGGGUCGGGGUCUGCACGGUUGCCAUGGCAGCCCCUGGCGGAGGCCCGGGACUGGGGGCCGGAGCCGAGGCGUGGGAGGCGCGGGCUGAGGGCGGCGCGGGGCCCGAGGGCAGCUUCUCAUUCGGCGGGUUCGCCGCGGUGCUGGGCGGCCUGGGCCCUGCGGCCCAGACCCCGGCGUCCGCGCCGCUGCGGCUCCUGCACGAGCUGUGGCAGCGCGACCCCGGCCCCAACCCGGGCGAUGAGCGUAGCGGUAAGCUGCGGCCCAGCCGAUUGCGGCGUGCAGCUAGGCCCCAUCGUCGCCUGGGGCCCACCGGCCGAGAAGUGCACGCUCUGAAAAGACUUCGGGAAGCUGCCAAUGCCAAUGACUUAGAAACAGUGCAGCAGUUGCUGGAAGAUGGGGUUGAUCCGUGCACAGCAGAUGACAAAGGCCGAACAGCUCUACACUUUGCAUCCUGUAACGGCAAUGACCAGAUUGUGCAGCUGCUCCUGGACCACGGGGCUGAUCCAAACCAGAGAGAUGGGCUGGGGAACACUCCUCUGCAUUUGGCUGCCUGCACUAACCAUGUUCCUGUCAUCACCACGCUGCUCCGAGGAGGGGCCCGGGUGGAUGCCCUAGACCGAGCUGGCAGGACCCCCUUGCACCUUGCCAAGUCAAAGCUGAAUAUUCUGCAGGAGGGGCACUCUCAGUGCUUGGAGGCUGUCCGGCUGGAGGUGAAGCAGAUAAUUCAGAUGCUCAGAGAGUACUUGGAACGCCUGGGCCAGCAUGAGCAACGGGAUCGUCUGGAUGACCUUUGUAGCCGUCUCCAAAUGACAAGCACCAAAGAGCAGGUGGAUGAGGUGACAGACCUCUUGGCAAGUUUCACGUCGCUUAGCCUGCAAAUGCAGAAGCUGGAAAAGAGGUAGCCCCAGAAGGUGGGCCCUCCCCAGAGUUCCUGUCACAGCCUUUGCCCAGCCUCCCUCAUCCCCAUCUCCAGAAGGGAAGAUGCCAGCCUGUCUUGCUGCCAUGGACCUCCUUGUCUCCCCUAGAGGAACAUGGUGCCCUGAGUGGUCCUUCUUCAGAGCCUCUUCAUGGAGCCUUCUUUGUCCUCCAUCACCCAGAGCCCCAUCCCCACUCCUGCCCUCCCUGCUGAUGGAUGGGCCUAACCCUCCUCCCACCAUUCUCUGUUCAACAGUAAAGGUUCCAGUUCAUCUCGGAGGCUUG